AUGAAUAAUCCUUCGAAAGGUGGUGCCAAGUAUGUCCUGACGUUCGUGGACGACUAUUCGCGCUACGUUGCGGCCUACUUCUCCAAGAAGAAGAGCGAGGUGGCCAUCAAGCCUAAGAGAGUUCAAGACGUUCUAUGA